CUCACCACUCAACAGGAGUUCCAACUUCCACCACUGACACCAUGACCCAUUCAUGCUGCUCCCCUUGCUGCCAGCCCACCUGCUGCCAGCCCACCUGCUGUGAGUCCAGCUGCUGCCAGCCUUGCUGCCCCCAAACUUGCUAUGAAGCUACUCAGACCACCUGCUGCAGGACCACCUGCCGCAAACCUACUUGUGUGACCACCUGCUGCCAGCCCACCUGCUGUGAGUCCAGCAGCUGUGGACAAACCUGCUGCCAGCCCACCUGUGUAACCAGCUGUUGCAGCCCUUCCUGCUGCCAGUCCACUUGCUGUGAGUCUAGCAGCUGCGGACAAAACUGCGGUGGGUCCAGCUGCUGCCAGCCAGCCAGCUGUGCACCCGUGUACUGCCACCGAACCUGGUACCAGCCCACGUGCUGCUGCCUGCCUGGGUGCCUGGCCCAGAGCUGCGGAUCCAGCUGCUGCCAGCCUUGCUGCCGCCCUGUCUGCUGUCAGACCACCUGCUGCCGCCCUAGCUGUGUGUCCAGCUGCUGCCAGCCCUCCUGCUGUGAUCAGCAGCAGGAGGGCUGGCAGCAGCUGGACACACAGCUAGGGCGGCAGCAGGUGGAUCUGACAGCAGACAGGGCGACAGCAGGUGGUCUGACGGCAGACAGGGCGGCAGCAAGGCUGGCAGUAGCUGGACCCGCUGCAGGUUUGUCCACAGCUGCUGGACUCACAGCAGGUGGGCUGGCAGCAGGUGGUCACACAGGAGAAACUCACCACUCAACAGGAGUUCCAACUUCCACCACUGACACCAUGACCCAUUCAUGCUGCUCCCCUUGCUGCCAGCCCACCUGCUGCCAGCCCACCUGCUGUGAGUCCAGCUGCUGCCAGCCUUGCUGCCCCCAAACUUGCUAUGAAGCUACUCAGACCACCUGCUGCAGGACCACCUGCCGCAAACCUACUUGUGUGACCACCUGCUGCCAGCCCACCUGCUGUGAGUCCAGCAGCUGUGGACAAACCUGCUGCCAGCCCACCUGUGUAACCAGCUGUUGCAGCCCUUCCUGCUGCCAGUCCACUUGCUGUGAGUCUAGCAGCUGCGGACAAAACUGCGGUGGGUCCAGCUGCUGCCAGCCAGCCAGCUGUGCACCCGUGUACUGCCACCGAACCUGGUACCAGCCCACGUGCUGCUGCCUGCCUGGGUGCCUGGCCCAGAGCUGCGGAUCCAGCUGCUGCCAGCCUUGCUGCCGCCCUGUCUGCUGUCAGACCACCUGCUGCCGCCCUAGCUGUGUGUCCAGCUGCUGCCAGCCCUCCUGCUGAUCACCUCGCCAAGAGCCAUCCCCUGCAUCCAACACAAUCUGUCAACUGAGUUGCCAUUUUGGGGGCAAAUUCACUUCCUAGGUUUGCCAAUUAUCAGCAUGCUCUCCCAGAACUUCUGUUACUCUUCUGCUUGUUUAAAGCGUGUGAAUCAGCUUGUUGGAGUGCAGAGGACUUCCCCCAAUUCUCUUGCUCUCGUGUAGGUGGAUGAUGGGCCAGCUUUGUGCAUCCUUGAUAUGGAGUUUGUCUGGGCUUUGACUCUGAAGUCAGGUCCACCCAGUCCCUCUGAGUGACUAAGGAAAACUAAUUCUGGUAACUUUUUCAUAGGUUUCUGCAACCGAUCAAUGUUAUUCAUAAUCAUAUUUUCUUUAUCAAUGUACUCGUGGCUCUCACACCUUUCUUUUUUCUUUUAUGAUCACUUUGAGUUGUCUUCCUGGAUACAGGAGUCUUCCCUAUGUGUCUCUCAAUAAAUUCCGUAUCAUAAUUUA